UGUUCUGGACGGAUGUUGGGUCGGUACCGCAGAUCAUACGGGCUAACAUGGAUGGGAAAUCACGUGUGAUCAUUGCAUCGCACUUAGAGAAUCUGGUUGCAUUAGCAGUUGAUAGGGUGGCAGACCUGUUAUUUUGGGCCCAGCCUAAUCAAAUUGAGUCAUCAAAUUUGGAUGGAAAAGAAAGGAAAGUGUUGGUGAGAACAGGUCUGGUUCUUGUGUCAGGCUUAGCUGUGCAUGGUGAAUACUUGUACUGGGUGGAUAAAGACCAGUCACAGAUCGAACGAGCAAAUAAGACUGAUGGUAGCAGUCGAGGUACUGUGUUAACACGGUUGGCUCACCUGGUGUCUAUAAUGGCAGUUAAUUUUCCUACUGAGAAG